AGCCCAAAUCUACAUGUGUGCUGCAGGAUCACAGGGCUGGGGGUGGAUCCCUUCCCUGGCGCUGGCUUAUUGGUAAGCAGCCUAGUGAUCUUUUGAUGGAUUGACUUAGAGAUGGAUCGAAUUACACCGUUUGCCUUCUCUCAGUUUGUUUUUCUCCUGGCUUGCCCUGCUGCUGCUGCUGCUGCUGGCAGGCUUCUAGUGACUUUACUAUCCUAUGAAGGAAGCAACAGCAGCAAGAAGAAUAGCAGAUCGGUUUCCCUUAAGAGGUGAAACCUCUUCUUGAAACCUAAGGAGCCAUCCUUUUAAUGAACCAUGAAGCUCUAUGGGCUUCUUGCCGGGAUUGUGCUGGUAAUGGUGUCUUUGGUCUAUGCAGUUAGCUUUCCUGAAGACGAUGAACCUAUCAACAUUGUAGAUUACCACUAUUCAAGGCAAUAUCCAGUAUUUAGAGGACGCCCUUCAGGCAAUGAAUCACAGCACAGCUUGGACUUUCAACUGAUGUUAAAAAUUCGAGACACACUUUAUGUUGCUGGAAGAGAUCAAGUUUAUGCCGUUAAUUUAAAUGAAGUGCACAAGACUGAAAUUACACCAAGCAGAAAGUUGACGUGGAGAUCGGGUCAAGCAGACCGAAAGAAUUGUGCAAUGAAAGGCAAACACAAGGACGACUGCCAUAACUACAUCAAGGUUUUUGUUCCAAGAAAUGAUGAGAUGGUCUUUGUCUGUGGUACAAACGCUUUCAAUCCCAUGUGCAGAUAUUACAGGUUAAGUACUUUGGAAUAUGAUGGGGAAGAAAUUAGUGGCUUGGCAAGAUGCCCAUUUGAUGCCAGACAAACCAAUGUGGCUCUCUUUGCUGAUGGGAAGUUGUACUCGGCUACCAUGGCAGACUUCCAAGCCAGUGACGCCGUGAUCUAUCGGAGCAUGGGGGAUGGAUUUGCUCUGAGGACAAUUAAAUAUGACUCCAAGUGGCUAAAAGAGCCGCAUUUUCUGCACGCGAUAGAGUACGGCAGCUACAUUUACUUCUUUUUCCGGGAGAUUGCUGUGGAGCAUAAUAAUUUGGGCAAGGCUGUACAUUCCCGUGUUGCCCGUAUAUGUAAAAACGACCUAGGUGGAUCGCAGAGAGUCCUGGAGAAACACUGGACAUCAUUUGUAAAGGCAAGACUCAACUGCUCUGUUCCAGGGGAUUCUUUCUUCUACUUUGAUGUUCUGCAGUCUAUAACUGACAUAAUAGAAAUCAAUGGAAUUCCCACUGUUGUCGGAGUGUUUACUACACAGCUUAAUAGUAUACCAGGUUCAGCAGUUUGUGCUUUUACGAUGGAUGACAUUGAGAAAUCAUUCAGAGGAAGAUUUAAAGAACAAAAGACUCCAGACUCUGUUUGGACAGCUGUAUCUGAAGACAAAGUACCAAAACCAAGGCCUGGUUGCUGUGCAAGACAUGGCCAUGCUGAAGAUUAUAGGUCUUCCACUGAUUUUCCAGAUGACACUCUGGCUUUUAUCAAGUCUCAUCCCUUGAUGGACUCUGCAGUCCCAUCUAUCAGCGAAGAGCCUUGGUUCACAAAAACCCGUGUCAGGUACAGAUUGACUGCUGUUGCAGUUGACCAUCUCGCUGGCCCCUACCUUAACUACACAGUCAUCUUUGUGGGCUCUGAAGCUGGGAUUGUUCUAAAGAUCUUGGCCAAGACUAAUCCAUUUUCUCUGAAUGACAGUGUAUUACUGGAAGAAAUUGAUGCUUACAACCGUGCAAAAUGUUAUGGAGACACUGAUGAGGACCGGAGAGUCUUGUCCUUGCAAAUGGAUAAAGACCACCACUCCCUAUUUGUAGCCUUUUCAGGAUGCAUUGUCCGUCUGCCUCUUAGCCGCUGUGAGCGAUAUGGCUCAUGCAAAAAGUCUUGCAUCAGUUCAAGAGAUCCUUAUUGUGGGUGGCUAAACCAUGAAACCUGUGGCAGAGUGAAGCCUGGCAUGUUUUUUGGGUAUGAACAGGAUGUGGAACAUGGUAACACGGCACAGCUCGGAGACUGCCAUGAAAAAUUGCCUACUACAACUACACCAGAUUACAAAAUAUUUGGCGAUCCAACAUCUGACAUUGAAGUUCUUACUACUUCUGUAACCACAAUGACAAGUAGUCCAGUCAUUCUCCCUAAAGUGAUUGGUUCCUGGAAACCCAGAAUGACUGGCUCUCGGAAAUCUGUUCAAGAAGAUGACCCAAACUCAUCCGAUUAUACUGAUACAUUAACAGGUGUCCCAGAUGGUGUAAGGUGGGAAGUACAGUCGGGAGAAUCAAAUCAAAUGGUGCAUAUGAAUGUGCUGAUCACUUGCGUCCUGGCUGCAUUUGUUCUUGGAGCUUUUAUUGCAGGAGUUGUCGUCUACUGCUACAGGGAAAUGUUUGUACGGAAAACCAGAAAAAUACACAAGGAUGCCGAGUCUGCCCAGUCCUGUACUGAUUCCAGUGGAAGCUUUGCCAAACUUAAUGGUUUGUUUGACAGCCCUGUUAAGGAAUACCAACAAAGCAUUGAUUCACCUAAACACUAUACUAAUAUACUAACUAGUAGAAAGGAACUACCACCCAAUGGCGAAACCAAGGCCAUCAUGAUGGAUGUUCAAGGGCAGCCACCAGAACUAGCUGCACUUCCAACCCCUGAAUCUACACCAGUGCUGCAGCAAAAGAGCUUACAGCCCAUCAAGAACCAGUGGGAAAAGGCUCAAAACAAUUUGAAUAUUUCACGUAAAGAAACACCUCUUAAGAGUCCACAGUUUUUCCCUUCAAGCCCUCCCCCUCACUCUCCUCUUGCUCAUGGACAGAUCCCAAGUGCUGUUGUUCUUCCAAAUGCCACCCAUGAUUACAAUACUUCCUUUUCUAAUUCCAAUGCACACAAAUCGGACAAAAAGCUUCACAAUAUUGAGCAUUCUUUGGUUAAACAGCCAAGUAAAAGAGACCAUCGACGUUCUGUAGAUUCCAGAAAUACUCUGAAUGACUUUCUAAAACAUUUGAAUGAAUCUGGGGGGAAUCCCAAAGCUAUAAUGGCAGACAUUCAAGUAGCUCAUCAGAAUACCCACCAGACUCCACAUCAGACACUAAUGCUUGACACUAUGGGGAACAUGUCUGAAAUUCCACCUAAAGUUCCAAAUAGGGAGGCAUCCUUGUACUCUCCCUCUUCAACUCUUCCACGAAAUAGCCCAACAAAACGGGUGGAUGUGCCUUCUACCCCGAAUGGACAAAUGUCAUCUUUAGAAUCACAAAGAAGUUACCAUAAAAACUCUUCACAGAGGCAUUCAAUAUCAGCAAUGCCCAAAACUAUGAACUCACCAAACGGUGUCUUGAUUUCGAGACAACCUAGUGUUAAUCGAGGCGGAUAUAUGCCUCCAAGUCCUAACCCAAGGAUGGACUACAUGCAAGGAACACCUGUUAUAGUUCAUCAACAGACUUCCUUAUCACGGCAAAGCAGCUAUACAGGGCAUGGAACUCUCCCUCGUAUGGGAAUAAAGAGGACAACUUCCAUAAAGCCUGAUGUACCACCAAAACCUUCAUUUGCCCCACAAACUACAACAGUUAGACAGCUAAAUAAGUAUAGCUACUGAGACCUGUCAUCUUGUUUAAAAUGUGUAUGGUUAUAACACAUUGUGUUGUAAAAGAACCUGUAUGGCAGAGAGAAGCUUGCUUGCCGAACCAGUCCCCACAUGAGAGACCAAAGAAAUGGUCUUUAGUUUGGUAACAUUAGGUUUUGCCAAGACACGGGAACUGCAAACUAUGCUUGUAAUGAACAAAACAGAGGAAAGUGCUGGUCAUUUUGCUUCUUUUGUUGGGAGAUACAGUAAGUGGACAUGUAGCACAGUCGGGGCUACCUUGCAAUUACAAAAACCUGAUACAGUACUAAGAAUUGAAAUAUAUACUUGAAAAAAAAAACGGGCUUUCAUUUCAAACUGCCGCUCUGUGUAGUCAUCCCAUUAAAUGUGAACAUAUCAAUACAUAUGCAUUCACCUUGCCUCUUGCACAAGAGUCAGAAAAUCACCUUAGUUAAAGUCUGCAUUUUUAGGUGAUGUACCUUUUAUUAUUUGAAGUCCAAUACAUAUUGUUAGUCAUCUGUAGCAUCUCUGUAUGUCAUAAAUACUCCUGAUGUGUGCUUGUUUGGUAUGUGUGUUUUAGCCCCUCAUACACACAUACUUGUGCAAGUUAGGUUUCUCAUUGCAAUUUCUAUGCUGUGCAACUGUUUACAAUGAGGAUGACGAGACAAACAGAGCACUUCCUUCCACUAGUAUUCUACUGAGAGAGCAUCAGAGGGUUAACAUCCAUCUCUCUCCAGCUUUCCAGAUAAGUGACUUGGCUGAACAAGUCACCUUGUGCAAGAAUGUAAAGAUUUUUUAGAAUUGUUAUGCUGCUAUUAAAAAAUAUUGUGUAAUUCACUGGACAUGCAAGGGAGAAUCUGCAUUUAUGUAUAUUCAUGCUUGUUUACUCUUGGCAUCAGUUCAUAGCUGGGUGUACCUAGCCACUGUGAACCUCAUUGAUUAAAGCUGGUGUUGAAGGAAACUCACAAUGGCUAGUGUACUAGCAAAUCUGUUUUUGUACUUACAUCAAUUAAAAUGCAAGCCUCCUUUAAUGGAACUACUAGCUGUUCAGCACAAAAGAUUUAGGAA